AUGGGUAAAUUAGGAUAUCGUCAUCGAAAACAUUUGUGUGUCACACUUCAUUUUAUUUACACAUACAGCCUUGACACGGCAGUAAAAGUAAUUUGGAUUGUACCGUACAGAAUAUUUACUGAAACAUAUACUGUACUGUCUUAAUAAUUACAUUAAAACGUUGUAUCAUUAUAUAAAUUUAGUGUUUGUGCAUUUUUCUUAAUAUAAAUACGUGUAUGAUUACCACCAGCAAAAUGGAUUUGUCUGCAUAUUGCUGAAAGAAUGUUUUGAAUUAGCGUAAGUAUCGGGUUCAUCUUAUCUUAUGCUAAAUCAUGUUUACCAUGAUACCAAAUGAGUGGCGUUUGAAUGUACAUUCCACCAAUCAAAAUCAAUGCUGUUCCUAUAGAUAAGAGAGAAUAAGGUACACUAUAGUUUUUCCGAGAGUUUCAAUUUUCCCGAGACGAAGUCGAGUGAAACAUUGAGAUACGAGGGAAAACAAACUAUUUCCCGAGGGAAGAGACAUUUAAUGUUUUGUUAUACAUGCAGCAACAAAGAAAACAUAAAUAACAUUCACAAAACAAUUAUUAAUAUUAAUUUCAUGAAUAAAACUCGUUGUCGUUAAUUGAAAUUAAAGAACCUGUUAAAAAGUGUUUCAGCAGCAUUUGGUGUUGCUUGUUUAGUAUUUUUCUAUUCUUUUUGUAAACUGGAAACACUUUCUUUUCAAACUUUGAACUCCAUUUUGGUCAUUCAUGUAGCCUGUCGGAGCGGAUAACAAUUUUUCACUUGUUCCCAUGUGAAUUUUUAAACAUGACAAAUUCACUUGUUCCCACUUUUUCACUAUAUAUAACAAAGACGUUUGAUGUAGGACGCCAGCGCGACGACCAGAAUAAACUCAUUCUAAUAAACGAUUGUUAGUCUAUUGUCAAGAGUUGUAUAAAUUUAAUACAUUUUAAUUGGUGCUUUAAUGUUGGGAAGAGUUCUGCUUUAGUACUGGGAUUUUGUUCUUCUGAUGGAUGUGAACGAGUAGAUGAGCUAUUAAUAUUCUGAGUAUAUGUACCCUCAUCUUAACAUUCAUAACUUAUCCACUCGUUCACAUCCAUCAGAAGAGGAAAAUUGCACUAGAAAUCGCAGCAAAAAUUGCAAGUGUAAACGAGCCUUAAAACUUCCGUGGGAUAUUUAUCACUUAUUUACUGAGACCGAGGGAAACAGUGUGUUUUGUGGACCCGAGACCGUCGAUGGCGAAGCCGAGGGAAACAUCGACCGUCGAGGGUCCACAAAACACACUGCUUUCCCGAGGUCUCAGUAAAUAAGUGUUUUAUUAUAUAUCAAUAGUCAAAGAAACAACAAAUUAAAGAACAGAUGAACGUAAAUACAUGAAAUAUUUUAUUGUUAAAACGUUCAAUUGCUUAAUUGAAAUUAAGCACUGCAGUUACUUAAAGCGAAAGUUUAAAUUACUAUAGCAUGUCCAAAGGUCGCAUCUUCACGUUAUGGCACGUGAUUUUUUUCGUUAAUCGCCGGUCGAUAACGUAUUGUUUCCCUCUCGCGCUGUUGCGAAGGAAACAGUCGAAUUUCGUCACUCUCACGUGAUAUACUCUCGACCAAUAAAACACUAGAAAAAUGCGACUUUGACUAUUGGUAUAUAAUUAUCAAUUAUUGAACGAGGUUGAGCAAAAUAUCGUGAUUUGUCGGUGGCGAGCAGAUCAAUUAUUUGCCGAUGCCGAAGGCAGAGGCAAAUAAUUGAUCUGCGAGCCACCGACAAAUCACGAUAUUUUGCGAGAAUCGAGUUCAAUAAUUGUUUUAUCAUUCACUUAUAAAGCUUAAUUUUAUCUUUCGUUUACUAUAUAAGUUCGCCGUCUCUCUUUCUUGGUUCUGCAUAAAAAGUUGCGAAGGACACUGGCAAGAGUUUAUUUUGAGCCAACUAGAUCGUCUUCGUUGAUUUAUCUUGCUUCUAAAUGCUGGCGAAAGACAUUGACUGCGGUUUUAGUCGCUUUUUUAUUUUCCGCGUUUUUUUCUUUAAGUAAGCAAGACAACUCAUUUUCCGAAAGUUCAGCAAAGCGAGCCGCCAUUGUUUACAAAAAUUGAAGGCAAUGCGCAUGCUCAGACUAUUAUUUGUAGCUGAGCAACGUUUUUAACAAAUGCGCAUGCUCAGACUAUUAUUUGCAGGUAAAUUAACCAAUCAAAAUUGAGAAUACUAUAAAGUGAAUGAUAAUAAUAAUUAUUCAUUCCUUUUCUUAAUUAUUGAAGUUGACAAAUUGAUAAAUCUUUUUCUCUCUUUGUAGGCAAUACGUUUUCAUUGUUCUUUUCACAACAUUCUUGAUAUUUUGUGUGGAUUAUGAUAAACUCUUCAGGGAUAAAGAUCCUGUUAUUAUAGACUGCAUUAAUUUUUACAAUGUUCGACAGUAAGUAAAUUGUUACUUUAGACUAUAUAUUUAGCAAAAAUGCUGCCAAAUUCAGAAUGUUGGUUAGGAUUUAGGACCAUCUGUUAGGGUCAGUUUGGUUUGCUAAGUUUAAGAUUUUAUUGUUUUGGUCGACAUGAAAAUAGCGACACGCAAUUUUCAUUAUUUCAUCGACAUACAGUGAGAUUCGUGCAAGCUGCAGUUUAGACCAUAUGGAAAGCUUCCGAUUGAUAGGAUACAAGUCAUACAAACACCUGAAAAAUACAAAGAGAACUUCGACGUUUCGAGCGAAGACUCUUCGUCGGGAAGUUAGUAAAAUUCUCCAAAAUGGUUAGAUCUGCCAAGUCUUAACAAUCAUUUUGCUUCCUGGGAAACAAAGUGGAACACAGGAUUCGAUCUGCACUCAAUAUAACUAAAAUUGUAGAACUGAAGGGUUUUCUAGAUGGAAAUUUCGAAUUCGAUGGAAAUUUUUAUACAUAUAUAUGAAUUGAUGUGUAAAAAUUCACACUUGAAAUUUCCAUCUAGAAAACCCUUCUACAAUGGACGACUUACGCUUUAGAAAAAUUUUUAAUCUGGGAAUAACAAAGGAUAUUUUUUGAAAGAAGUUAUCAAAAUUAGAAAAACUGCAAAGUUUGGUUGCGAAAUGUUGUAAAAUACGGAAAAUAUAGCCCUGCGAAGUUGGCAAAUUUGUAUACAUUUCUAUUACGUGCGGAAAUUGGUAACUAAUUUAGUUACCAAUUCACGCACGUAAUACAAAAGUAUACAAAUUUGCCAACUUUGAAGGGCUAUAUUUUCCGUAUUUUAUAACAUUUGGCAACCAAACUUUGUAAUAUUACUAAUUCCAAGACGCUCUUUCCAGCUGUGGUGAUAGAUUUCGUUGUUCUUACUUAGAUUAAAAUUUAGUCUAAAGCGCAAGUCGUCCAUUAAUUAGAACCACUUUAACAUGAACUCUUCCUCAACUUCCAAUGACAAUUUAAGUACUGCAUGUCUUGUACAUGCAUACAUUUCCAUUGUACACAUUUCCCACGGUGCUUUUUGUUUGUUUUUAGUGCAAAUGGUGUGAUGGUCGUGUUCCUUCUUAUAGCUUCUCUCUUUUGGGCAGUUCGAGUAGCAAAAGUCUUCUUGUAUUUUUUCCAGUUAUUGGAAAUAAAAUCAUUUUAUAGAGAUGCACUUCAUAUUACUGAGGUUGGUACAUAAUACUAGAGCUAUGAACUGCUUGCACAAUGCACGUAUGCACUAAGGGACCGGUGAAACAGCCCCAACUACCCAUCUGGUUAUCGAGGCCUGCAAUUCUGGUCAAAAUACUUCCAAUUAUUUGACCAACUUUCGUAAUAUUGUUGUAAAUUAAGAAAAACCGUCCCUACCCCACCAUUGCAGUUAAGGCAAUUGUACUACGUCCAACAUUGCUUGAGGGUGGGCGAAGGCGGGAUAUCUAGUAAAUUAUUCCAUUUGAAUAGUAGAAAAUGUCACAGAGUUAACUUCUGUGACUCCACCGAGACACAGAUAUACCGACCCGGGACUGACAGCUGGACACAGUGGAGUCAAUUUAGAGAAGUUGAGUUCAUCCACAGUAUUCCGAUCAUUCGUUAUAUGCUAUUCAGGUGCUUUAACCACUGAGCGCUCUCCCCUUGACAAGUAACCUCGUCUGGUGUUAGACAGAAUAAAAUAAGAAAGUACAGUAGGGCGCAUUAGGGCGCAAUGCAACUUGGGUUAAGCUGUUAAAAAAAUAAAACUGGGUUAAGCAUUAAAAACUGGUUAAUAACAUUAUUUUAAACUGGGUUAAGCAUUACACAUUCAUUAUUUUAAAAAUACACAGAAAAACAUAAAAGAUUAUUAUAAAUUAGCAUGUACUGUACUCGGGUGGUGGAUAGCGCUUUUCGCGCAAUUUGAUUGGUUGCUUCAGAUAUCCUUACACUCUUCACCUCUGGACAAAACAAAAUGGCUUCCCGUUUCGUUCCGGUUUAUACAGACGAGAAAAUUUUUGUACUCGAAGAAAACCACAAACACGAAGAAAACCACAAAGUUUUGUUUAUUGUUUUACAAUUGAAAUGCAAAAUUUCGGUAAAUAUCCUUGCACUAUUCAUCUCCACUUUCGGUGAAUAAUUGUCAAUUAUCAUAACAAUACUCGACCUUUCUGUUUCAGGACAAGCUGGCAAAUAUGCAAUGGAAAGACGUGCAACAAAAAUUAAUUGACGUUCAAAAGGAACAUCAAAUGUGUGUCCACAAAGCUGAACUCACGGAGUUAGAUAUAUAUCAUAGAAUUCUGAGAUGGAAGAACUAUCUUAUUGCCAUGCAAAACAAAGGCGUCCUAUCGUGUGUUUAUAGCUUCCCCAUUAUUGGAAAACGAGCAUUUUUGACGGAAGGAAUGAAAUAUAAUUUGAAGUUAAUACUUUUCUGGGGACCGGAUGCCCCUUUUCAAGAUUCAUGGAAACUAAAACCUGAAUAUAAAUCUUCGUCUAAAAGACAAGAACUGGCCGACAAGUAAGUUUAGUUUAGUUUAAUAAAGAUUGGUCACGUCACAAACAAAAGUACAAAUACUGAAAUACAAAUAAGUUGAAAUAAAAUAAGUACAAAACUCUGUAGACAACAACGCGAAGACGAAGUGACGGGAGAGGUUACAGGAUCAAGGUCCCAAUUGAUAAGAGGCUUUUAACCCAUUGAGCGCCAACGCUGUCCCCUUGAGGAGUAAAAUCGUCUGGCGUUAGACAGAAUAUACUAUACUGAAGUAGGGUGCAAAACAACUUAAUGCAACUACAUGCACAAUGUGUAUUUAUUAUUUGUCAAAUGACUUUAUUAUUCUGCCCUUCUUUUAGGCUUGCUAGACGAAUACUCUGGCUUGGUGUGUUAAACUUCGCAUUACUUCCUUUCAUUUUUGCUUGGCAAGUCUUGUAUUCUUUCUUCAGCUAUGCAGAGGUAUGCUGCUCUACUGUCCAUGCAUGGACUGUACCGGAUAACAGUGUAACUGGCAUAAGUUGUUAAAACUAAUGUUAUUCCGAAAAGGGUAUGCAUUUUAACAACACAUUUAUUUUAAAAACUGUAUAUUUCGAAUUUAUUUUGAUUCAUCUUCAGCAUUAUAUCUUUACAAGAUGAAAUAUAGUGCUGAAGAUGAAUCAAAAUAGAUUCGAAAUAUACAGUUUUUAAAAUAGAUGUGUUGAUAAAAUGCAUACUUUUUUCGGAAUAACAUUAGUUUCAUAUUUGCUGAAACUAUCAGGCGGUAAAGGCCGGAUUAAGUUUUUACAGGCGAAACCUUGCAAGUUGUUGCAGGAAUAACAUGCAGUAUUUUUAAUACCAAGGAAAGCGGGCACUUUAAAGUGUUUACAUCAGCGAGGAGACUGAUGACAAACUGAUUCACAGCAAUGUAAUUUGUUUUUUAUUUACAAAAUUCGCCACCCAACGAACGAUUUACGCGUGUACGAAAACGACACACAACAAAAAAACAUAUAAUACGUACUGACAUACAGGGACUGACCACAGAAAUGAUCUAAAUCAUUAUUUUCUUACUGCAGAUGAUAAAAAGAUCUCCUGGUACAUUUGGCGCGCGGCACUGGUAAUGAUUUUAUUCUCAAAUUUAACAAUCUAAGAUCGUUGACAUCGCAAGCAAAUGGAAACAAUAGUAAUUAGUAUGUUUUUCCAUCAAUUUUGGUUAGAAAGUUUAAUGUUGAGACGGAAGACAAUUCACUAUUUCAACAGCCCGCAUUACUAUUUUUAGGUUUGAGCAAAUAUUACAGCGGUACCACCAUGGUCGACUUUAGGGGUGUUCUGAAGAAGCGAGCAAAUUAAACUAUACUGUCUCUUCUAUUUAGUUUGCCACCAAAUACAAAAAUAAUACGUAUACAUGUGUAAUAAAAGGGCUUAAAAUAACCUUCUUCAUCUGAGAACGUCCAUUAGGUCAUAAUAUGGUGCGUUAUACAGUGUAGUGCCCUAUAAUGUUUGUUUAAUCAUUUUUUUAAUAAUUGCAGGUCACAUUAUGGUCGUCUUUUUUUGAGACAUUUCAACGAGUUAGAUCAUGAAUUUCAAAUAAGGUAUACAGUGUAUGCCUUAUUACUUUCUUAGAACAUGUGUGCUCAGGUCUGCACUCAUGUGGAAUAAGCCAUCUUCUCUCGGGCCCUUGUAGCAGACAAGGCCCGGAACAAGCCAAGCUCGCUCUGGCCUUUGUAAUGGACAUAGAAGUGUACUUUUUGUCACAAGUUGUUCCAUGAACAACUUUUAUUUACUAUUGUUGUUUACUACUAUAUAUUUAAUAAACAUUGUGCUUUUCUUUCAGAUUGAACAAAGCUUACGAACCUGCCGUUCAAUACACGAACAUUUUUACUUCGCCUUUUCUCGCCAUUAUAUCAAAGUAAUGUAUUUAAUAUACUCAUUUCAUUCUUGACUUGUGCAUUGAAGUACGAAAAGUGCAUCUUGUACAAUAAUGAUAGUAUAGCGCGAUUCCAGUGCAGCGUUCUAACCAACAGAGUCCAUGAGUUGUCGAGCUCUACUCCUGGUUAGGUCUGAUAAAUAUAUCAAAUUUACACUCGAUAUGUCCAUCUACAAAAUCUUUCCACAAUUUGUUCUAUCGAGUGAGAUAAAGAUCCUGAUAUUUUUAUUAAACCUAGCUCAUCAUUCUCUUAACUAUUGUUUCUUUAGGAACAUAGCGUUUGUUGCAGGUUCAUUUUUCGCUGUAUUGACAUGUCUUUCAAUCUACGAUCAAGAUGUUUUCAGAGCAGAACAUAUGUUAACAACUAUAGCUAGUUUAGGUAAGAUUUACUUUUCUUAUAAAUAGAGAAUAUUAUGCUGUUGGUUUUAAACCUCUGAUCUACUACGGGAUAAGAGUAAUAAUAUUUAUUUAGUACAGUGUAAUAUAUCGAAAUACAUUCUCAGAUAGAUCCUGCAAAUAAAGUUUUUCUUUAAAUCAAACAAACCCUGAUUGAGUCUAGAUAGUCAUUAUUUAACUGUAUGUUGGAAUAAUAAUUAUGGAAUUCUCUUUAAACGUUGUAAGUAUUCAUGGCGGUUCUUUCCUUGUCAAAAUUUCUGGAAAUAUUCUGGCAGUAGUGGCAGAGAUAAGGACUAUGUAUUUCCACAGAUAUUUCUUGACUUGCAGCCAGUCCCUUGAGAACUAAAAACAAUAAAAUGGCGCCAAAUUCAAUGAAAGAUAAUGAGAUUCCUUUUUGAAAUACCACCAACAUAGGAGCAGUGAUCUCUAUAUAUACUGGAGCGAGAACUCGAGUCCAAUAAGUGAAGCCAGCUUCGUGUUAACCGCGUAGACAAAAACAAUAAAAAGGGACUGGAACUGACGUCCAACAGCGGCUUCAAUUUCCGCCAUCUUGGCAAGGAGUGUGCCGAAAUUUCGUAUUUUGACAUCGAUUUAAAGAAUAACACUAUGGUUUUAUGAACUGAAUACAGUCCGUCACGAAAAACUGGAAUUAGCUGGAAAACUGUUUACGACCUUCAGAGCUACUGGACGUCAACGGCCGCCAUCUUGGCUUCACUUUUUUCUUAGGCGGAAUGACUGAAGUUCUCACUCCAGAUAUAUAUAGCGCUCACUGCAAGUAGUUGCAACUUAAGAAUACUAAUAAAGUAAUGGGAAUUGAAAUAGUCACUAACUCACGUGUUUUAUUACUGUAUAUUAGGUCUAUCACCAACCUGAUACUCGGGGUUUUUACUUUCGCUACCUGCUGCCCUCCCCCCCCCCCCCCCACCGAAACCUGCUGCAGUGGGUUUCGGGGGGUAGCGGAAGUGAAAACCCUGAGUAUCAGGUUGGUCUAUCACCACGCUACGCAGCUAAAUGUACAUUUGUUUUUACUUUUAGGUCUUAUUAUAAGAAUUUGUUAUGCAUUUAUACCGGGUGAGGUAAAUUGGAUAAAUUUUUUAAGCAUGCGCGUUUGAUAUUUACAAUAUUCACCUCAACACACAUUAGUACAUUCACCUGAAAUUUUCUUGUUUGAAGUGAAGUAUUAAUGUGUGCAGUAGCCUGCUCGCCGCCUGAAUUGUGUCGAAAUUUCGGCAUGUGUGCAGGUGUAUUAUUAGCAGAAAAUUGCCGACUUUAUAGAUUUCAAUAUAAAAACGAUAUACUAUGACGUAACCAUGCAACUGCACAAUCUGCAUACCUAAUUAGAUACGCAAAUAAAUCGCCGGAUGGCAACUUCAGAAUCACUUUAAUUUAAACGUUUAAUUGUUCAAGACAUAUUUUACGUCGACUAUGUUUGUUGCAAGGAUAACGGAUUAUUUGCUGGGCUGCCUAUAUGGGGACGGUCACCAUUUGUCUUUGGUAGUGUUAAGGUCAGACAACCAUGGCUGCAUGUACUGGUUUCCUCACACGAACAUUUUCAAACAGUAUUCCACCCUUGUUCUUUAGAACUUGAUUUGGUGUCCUGAACAGUUGCUGAGACAAGUUCUAAUUCAUAUUCAUUAUAUUCCUGAUGAAUGGAAGACCAAAGCUCACACAAAUGAGGUAAUUAUUAGUACUGGAAUUGAUGAAUUUUCAAGAGGGAAGAUAUAAUUCGUAAACUUGCGUUAUCGCGCUAAUCAUACAUUUAUAUUUUUUACUCGAGGUUUUUCAAGAGUUUCAACAGCUGUUUGAAUACAAAGCCGUAAGUAAUUCGCUUUUUACGUCAUUACCUACUGUAUAAAGGGUAUUGAGUUAAAGAUUUUCCUAUCUUUGGACGAACAAAUCCCGUUCACAUUCAAUUUAAUUUUGCGGCCAUAUUAAAAAAUCGGCCGGGCAGACCCUGGGUACGAGGUUGAUUCAAUUCCAGUAAUUCAAGCACAAGUUGUUCCUCCUACAACUUGUUAUUGUCCUCCAUUCCAACAACUUGUUGACAAGUACUGAGGCAUGGCAACCUAAUUGUAGCAACUUAACAGACUAACAACAUUGUUACAACUUUUUGGCAAGCUUACUACAAAUACAAACUACACUCUGGGCAUGCAAGCUCUUUAACGAAUCUAUGUAUUGUCACAGAAAUUAGACACAAAGCAAUUUAAAUCAAUAUUAAAUAAAAUAUUGUCUAUGUUCUUUUUAGGUUUUCGUCCUUCAAGAACUCGUGAGUGCCCUGGUCACACCAUUUCUACUGUGCUUUAGUAUACGAUACAAAGCUUUAGAUAUUGUCGAUUUCUUUCGUAAUUUUACUGUGGAGGUUGUUGGCGUGGGAGAUGUUUGUUCAUUUGCUCAGAUGGACGUACGAAAACAUGGAAAUCCAGAAGUAAGUUUAUGUAUGAAUUUGUCCAUAUAUUAAACUGCCUAGCUUUCGUAAACUCCACGUUUCGAGCCACGUCCCUGCGUCUGUUCGUCAGAAAGUUAUAGUAGUUGAGGAGUAAUAGCUUCUCAACCUACAAUCCUGGCCAAAACGUUGCAGAUGACCCACAGAUGUAUAAUGAUAAAAAGUAUGUAAGGUAAUUAUCCUAUGUCUAACUUUGGCAAGAACACGUCCAGACAAUAAGUGCAAAUUAACCUAUCUGCGGAUCAAAGAUAUAUACAAGAAGUUCUAUGUAAGAACAUCUCAAAACUCGAAAUUUCCAAGAAAGCACCAAUGGGUGCUACCAUUUCUCUUUAGGGAGCAUUUGACGUACUCUAGAAAAACACUUUCCCAAUAUAGGCUGACGUUAUAGCAGUUCACAUUUAAACGACUUGAGGUGCUCUUGGCCUUAAUAUUAAUGCAAUGACACGAACUUAAUUUGAAGCGCACAGAAUUGCGGAUCGGGUUCGCGGUGAUUCAUAACAUGGCUACAUGCAUUCAUAACUUAUCCACUCGUCCAACAUCUUCAGUUGACGUACAGUGUUGAAUGCUAUCCUGUCUUUCUUUAGUGGAUGUCCCAUGGUUUGACUGCUGCCAGUCAAUACGAACAAGCAGAAAAUGGAAAAACAGAACUAUCUUUACUUCAAUUCUCGGUAGGUUUGUUUCGGAGAAUGUGACGUAAGCCAAUAAAUUUCCUGAAAUGAAAAGUCUGAUAAAUACCAACCUAAAAUGAUCGUGUUUUGUGAUUGGCUUCAUAAAACAAACGUGGUCAGUGUAAUCACAAAGCCCGUUCAUAUAGGUUGGUGGCGACUCGCAAAAUUCAGCAUCGCUCAAUGACGUCAUCAUGCUCUCUUUGUAGAUAAAAAACCCGCAAUGGAAACCUCCACAAUCUCAAGCUCAGUUCAUGAGUACAAUCAAAGAAAAUGGUAGGCAGUGAAUUUAAAUCUUUGUAAGAUUAGGUCAGGGACACCGUAACUGGGGGGCAGGAGGGGCAGCCGCCCCCGUUGCGCUUUUCCAGGAAGGGCAAGGGGGGCAAAGGUGCCCUUUUAAUUUAAAGGAUCGCCAUGGCGAAUUGUCAGAAAUGUUAGUGGAAUUCUUUUACGAAUUUGCUUCAGAAAACGCAAGAAUUGCAGUCAUCGAGCUUCAAGGAUAGCAAAAUCGCCUGGCGGAUAACCCCCUCCACACCCCUAUCAUCCAAUAAAUAGAAAACAUGAUUAGGCGAAGUUCAACUCCCAAUGCUUUGCAAACAUCUCUUAGUAUAUAUCAAUUCAAAAGUGCCCUUUCACGAAAAUCUGCCCCCCCCCUGCCUUCACAUCGUUCCGGCGUCCCUGGAUUCGGUUGUCAUGAAUGGGCUGUACCAACACGCUAGUGAGUUGACCACGUGCUUCUAAAACAAAUCAGCAGAAACAGCGUUGAUUAUAACGGUCGGCAAUCGGCUAUUUGCCGAAAAGAAACAUUAAAUGGUCGAUUAAUUGCACGGACAUUCAAAUAAAUUAAAAGUAUAUUAUUUGAUCAGUACUGUUCAAAAAGCAUGAAAGCAAGAGAAGGGACACAAAACGUUUCCAUGGCUUCGCUGUGACAGGCAACGAAAUCACGUCACAAAUUUGACCAUUGUUAGUAUACCAGACAUGCAAAAAGAUUGAAAACAGUUGGGACUGCUUACCAAAGUAAUGUGAUUGAUCAUGUGGGCAGUGAUGAGCACGAGCUAUCUAAGUAUUGAAAAGCUGGCAGACCAAGCAACUGCACAGUUGAUUGGACAUUUGUCAAACCCAAGCGAAAUUGUUAUAUUCCACAUGCACUGUACCGCAAAGUGUGAAAACGUGUACAUUCAAGCACCAUUCUUUUCCCGCUCUAAACAUUGAAUCUAACGUAAUUUAUUAUCACUAUACUAUUCUUUUCAAAGCCGCCAAGGAUUCGUACCCAAGUUUACAAACAAGUUUUACUGGAGCUCAAAAUGAAACUAUGUUGGCAUCCAGACUCCAAGUAAGUAAAGACGUUUAGCAUCAGUGAUUGUCUUUGUUCAAAGUGUGUUGACCGCAACUAUACUCAGAGGAACACUGCGCUCAAACAUCUGCGUAUUGACUGUUUGUACUCGUAAGACUGGAAAUAGUGUUGUCUUCGCGAAGCUCUAGCAAAAGGUUUAAAGAAAAUUACGAGUUUAAUUUCAGUGUAACCUCUUCUUGACACAAGGAAAAAGCAAUGAAAUUCCCUACCUUAUAGCUUCAGCCGUUUCCUUAUAGUAAACGCUUUUCUUUUCCCAUAUUUACUCCUAUUAUUUUGGCAGAUAUUAUUCCGUAUACUCGUGCAUGCGUUUGACCGCGGUGUUACUUAGGGACCCUUGGUUAUUUAUCCACCUAACACAGUCAGGUUAUUUUAACCAGGACGUCCUGGUCAAAUAUAACGAGAUUCCUGGUUUCAUUAAUUAACCAGACUAUGGCAGGCAAUGAGAUAAAAUAACCAGGAAAUUUAAGUUCUAGGUUAAGCAGGAAUAUUUUAACAGUGUACUGUAGUACAGUUGUACCACUGGAGAAUAUUAAAUCUUCAUAUAUUUAGUCUACAUCCCUAUAUCUCUAUCAUCCCUCAUCCCUACAUCUCUAUCCCUGGCAGUAUCAGAUGCCCCAAUCAUUAAUGUGUACCAGUCAGUACUUACUGUUGAUUAGACCAUAGACAAUCUCUGGCAUCAGUUGCUCCUAUAUCAGAUCAGGGUUUUUUUCAGGAUUUUCUCUUGGGUCCGUUUUUGCAGAGAAGAUUGAGUUUAGCUGAAUAGCUGGGGGUCUGAUGCGGCUGUCUCCCCACUGGGGACUAAAACCUGUACCCACUUUAGUGUAGUUGAGAUACAAUGUGUUAAAGCAGGGGCACUAAGGGACACUAUAAACUGGUUAAAGACGGUGAAUGCGUAAUUGUGUUGUGAAAUGAAUUCCAGCCAUUUUUUACUUAAUUUUUGGGUUUUCAACUAAAACCUAAUUUGCACACGUCAUGAAUUUAACUCAAACAACUUCAUUUUACUGCACAGAAUCUUUUGAUGAGAAGAUUGAGUUUCAAAACUCAAUUCAAGAUUGAGUUUUUGGGGCCGUUUUACGGCCCUAAAAAAUCCCUGAAAGAACCCCUGCAGAUGCAUGUCACAAUCAUUGUCUACCAGUCAUAGUACUUACUGAGUUAGUGUUGAUCAGAUUAUAGACAAUCUUAUAUUGGGGAAUAUUAGAUGUUGUUUUGACAUUCAUAUUAUUUUAGUCCACAGGUCUACCAUCCCUGGCCCCAGUUGCUCCUCUACCGCAGAUGUCGCAAUCACUACUGUCUACCAGUCAUAGUACUAUUGACCACACUGGUGUAGAAGAAAGAUUAAGAAUGGAGGAAGAAAUGAACUCUAGUAUGCUCUAUAUGCAUGAGGUAAGGGAUGCUUUUGUCAACUGAAUUGGCGGUUACCACAUGUCAUCGAAACCUCCAACCUAUAGGGAAGAUGUGAGACAUUAAGCCCCGGUCAAACGAGGAUAAGAGUUGAUGACAGUCACGCAUUGUUACGGGGGACAUUUCAAGCUCUAGAUUAACUAAAUAAAGUUUUGAUGAGUGUUCCAACUAUGUUUUAGCCUAUAAUAAAGGGUUAUCGACCGAGCGUGAGGUCUGUACUGUGAAAUAUCAGACCGAGGUUUUUUAGUAUGGACCGAGCACUGAACUAUAUAACAUGUAUAUAGUUCACUGGGACCGAGCGACAAAGGAGCGAGGUCCAUGCAAAAAACAGAGGUCUGAUAUUUCACAGUACACACCGAACAAGCGAGGUCAAUAAUCGGUUUAUUAUAUGGCGGAACUGAGUCUGUGAGCAUAUGCUUUUUGCGCGAAUUAAAUCGGCUAUCGUCAGUUUCACUGGGUAACAAUAUACGGUAGGCAUGCAUGCUCAAUCAAAAACAAUUUGGUUGUUUGAAAUUUUUAUCUCUAAAUUUUAAUGACACACAAUUGGAAAAUUAAAAAGCAAAAUAUUUUUGUUUGCAAAGCAAAAAUUUCCCGCCAGAUAAACGACAUCCGGGAAACCGAUCCAGAUACGGAAAAUACGGACCACGGUCUGGAUAUGGGUUUUUACGGACUGCUUGUCAACCAAUCAGAAUAGAGAAUUUUGAAAAGCCAUAUACAUGAUAGUGUUGGGAAAGCAUUAAGAACAGCUAACCAAGGUCGCAUUUGGCUGCGGUUCUUUAAGGAUGUGCUGGGUGAAGAAUGUUGUUGCACGACAAAAUAAAUUAAUUCAUGAAAGUGAUAGACAUUCCAGUAAGAGCAGUGGCGCCGCCAGCGCCAUAAUUGGGGGGGGGGGGGGCCAGACCAUAAAACGAUGGAUUUCAAAAGAAGUUAAUAAUGCAGAACACGAAGAUAUGAAUAUUCGCCCCCCAAUUAUCGCGCUGGCGUUAUAAAGAGUUAUAAACCGAGUAGGAGGUUUAUAACUGAUAUAUUGCCCCCGAGGACGCGUAGCGUCCGAGGGCAAUAUAUCAGUUAUAAACCGACUUUCGAGGUUUAUAGCUAACUUAUAUCACAUUUGUGGAGGUUUUCUAACAUAUUUUGUCAUUUUCAAAAAUUUUUAAUGAAAAAUUCUCGCGUUUUGUCUACAAGUUUAAUCUAAUAAUUUAUUGAAGGUAUAUAAGCUAGUUAUAAACCUCGGACGAUCAAAGAAAACCGACACAAAUGUGAUAUAAGAGUUAUUAUCGUCUCAGGGGAUACUUGCCGUUGGGGAUGUUAUUGUGGAUAAUGCAUGCGCCUUCACCUUCGUCACUGAAAUACGAUUCUGCAAUAUAUGCCAUUUCUGAUUAUAAUUUUGCCUCGCUCACUUGUGAGAACAGUGGUUCCAGUUUGCCAAACACCACAGGUUUUUUCCAAACGUAUACAGCGCUAUUUGUAAUUCGCGAGGCGAGUAAUAACUAAUAAGGGCACCAUUUAAAUUGAAUAUUAUUCUGACUGUGUUUCGAAAAAUACAAUAUUUCCAUUCCAAAUCAGAGUAAUUUACAGGGUAUAUAAGGAAAACAUGGAACAUUUCUCUCGAUAUAAAAUACCAAUUCAAGGAAUAACUUUAUUUAGCUUCAUGACCGAGCUGAAAGUGCAGGACAAGCUACAACAUCUGAUGCUCAAGUUCCUGGGACGACAAGUUCAUCUGGUGAUGUACAGGGAACAACUUCAGGGCAGAGUCAGUCAAGGUAAUAAUUUACACUACGUUUUCAGAGUAAAGCGCUGAACUACCUUUUUAGACUCGAAUUAUCUGAUGGCAUCAGCAGCCGUUCUGUAUCUAAUUUUCAAGAUCGUUUGCGAAUGCUGUAUAUUAAUUAAAAUACAAAUGCAUCUAAGUAAUCAAGUUUACCAUCUUGACCAUAUGGUACGUUUAGCCGAGAGAAAAGAGAAAUGAAUGAGAAGUAUAACUGAGCCCAUGCUUACUGCAUGAUUUACUGUUAAUACGUUUUAACGUAACACGGCUCUAUGUCCAAAAUUGCGUUGCACGUUGCAGCAAAAAUUGCCUCGGGCAUGUACUAUGGCCUUUAAUGAGUAUUUUAAAUCGCUUUAAGUCUUAUUCACCAUCCCAGUGGUGUCCGUAAAACCAAAUUACCCAGUGACCUUCUCAUUCAAAGGUGUACAUGUGGGGACUGUGGCACACACGAAACCCUCAAGUUAAUAGCUAUUCUGUACUACAGUCAAGGGCGUGAAUCCUGGGGGGGGGGGAGAAAAGCAAUUUUGUAGGGCAAAUAUAUUAAAUAUUAAAUAAUUUGUUGGGCAAAAAUACAUUCAAAUCAUGAAUGAACAAGAAAACCUACAAGAGCAGUUUUCUGACCAUCAGAAUUCGGUAAAAUCUUCCACCAACGUGCUUGAAAUGUUCUAAAUUUCACAGUUUUCUGAGGGAGUAUACCCCCAUACCCGCAGGGGUCUCCUGCGUUUGGCACUCGAUAGUUGUACCUUCAUAUCAUCGUCCCUAGGCCCAGUAUCUUGACGUACGUUUCUGACCACACCCUUUUUUCAAUGUGAAUCCCCCUUCCCAAAGACUCAAGUUACGCCCUUGAGUACAGCUUCGUAUAAUUUCGCCCUUUCCUUAAAUAUAUUCGUAUCGUUAUUUUUACCAGUUCACAAGAUCACCAAGUCUGA